AUGGCCUCUACAACUCAACAUGCUUCAACAAACGACAUCGAAUGCCCCGUGGCCUUGAUAAAAUCGAACCUGAUUUUGGUCCCCACGCCAGUUGCCAUGUCAUCACCAUCUUACCGCGCUUUUUACACCUCUCUGCACGCCAAUACCUCCUUUUGCGAAAUGGGUUUUGGGGACCAUUUCCCCGCCAGAUCCUGGACCGAUGAGGAAACUUACGAGAUCAUCUCAACUCGGGAUGUGAACAACGAUUGGAGAAACAGAGGCGUGGGCGACUUUGCCGUGGGGUUAUUGGAACCCCAGGAUCACAAGCGCAUUUUGGGAGACAAUGCCGUCACCAGGAAUAUUUCAGUGCCUGGCCUCACCGAGGAUGAGCAAAUUCGAGUACUGGAUACUGGCAGAGAAUCAUUGGCGCUCGAGGAAAUAGAGUGGGUUGGCUAUGCCGGUGUACGACAAGGGCGGAACGUCGACCACAUCUCGUCAUGGAAGGACAAGGCCGAGAUCCGUUACGGUGUUUCACCCAAUCACUGGGGUAAGCGCAUCGCCAAUAGAUCGGCAGAGGUGGUGAUGGAUUGGGCUGCGGCGGAGAGAGGGGUCACCAAGUUUAUUGCAGAGACUCAGCGUACCAACACUCGGAGCGGCAGAGUUCUUGAGAAGCUUGGAUUUGUUCAGCUGGAGGAGUCAAAGUACUGGAAGGAGCCAAGUGAAGUGGAAUGGGAGCGGAUUAUUUAG